GUUUCGAUCAUCAGUUCUGAGCAAGCCGUCCAACGGUAAAGACCUACUAUUCUUUCCGUCUCUCCGACUAGUUGGGUUGUGAGGGAAUUUAGUUUAUAAGUUGCAAAUAGUUGUAUCCUGCGACACGCAGUUUAUCAAGGACUUUGUGCACGAUCGUAGAAGAAAGUGAUUGUGCUCCGGAAGUUGUUUAUCAGUUCGUCAGCUUAUCAUCGAGAGCAAGUGAAUGUGCAUUUAGUGAUUAGAGUACUGACUGUGGGAACAUCAGUAUACGCGAAACUAUUUAUCGUCAUAAAGGAAUACAUGGAAUAACAAGAAGCCCCAAAGAGUACACAGAAAUCGUGAAGGAAGAGUUAAAAGAAAGUCGUGGAAAAACAAAACGCAAGACGAACGAUCGAUUGAUCGUGUGUGCGAACGUGCGCGAGCCCUCUCUCCCCCGCGAGUUUUGCCCCAAAGGAGUUUCUGUGAAUGUGGGAACCUUGCAGGAAAAGAAACUGUUAUGUGUGAUUAAUUCAGUCGCGGAACGCGAACAGUGUGUGUGAGAUAUAGUGCCUGAAGCGCCAAGUUCUUCCUCUCGGACACUAACUAGGCCCCCAUAUCUUUGGCCCCUAUGGGUGUAUUGAACGUCGUGAUCGGUUCCGGUGCCGGUGCAGCAGUCGAGUGCCAGCCGAGUUGCAAGAAGACCAACGACAACAUCUUCUCGCCCAUCAAGAACAAGAUGAAAGUCCUGAAGAAGAUCAAAAAACGGAUGGGACUAGUUCCACGCAAUGCAUCGUCCUGUCCGGGUCCAAACAAUCUACCGCCGCUGCAGUUCCACAAUGUGCAUGGCGAUAACAUUAGGAUCUCACGCGAUGGUACCGUAGCUCGACGAUAUGAAUCCUUCUGCAAGGGAAUCGCAUUCAGUGCUCGACCUGUGCGGGUCAACGAACGAGUUUGCGUUAAAUUUAUCGACAUCUCCAAUAACUGGAGUGGAGUGAUUCGUUUCGGGUUCACCUGCAAUGACCCAGCCACACUACGUGGCAAUCUGCCGAAGUAUGCAUGCCCGGAUCUUACCAACAAGCCCGGAUUCUGGGCCAAAGCCCUAAACGAGCGAUACUGUUAUCGUAAUAACGUACUGUUCUACUAUGUCACACCCUCCGGAGAUGUUCACUUUGGCAUUAAUGGAGAAGAAAAGGGGGUGUUCAUCACCGAUGUUGAUUCUCGAGGUCCAUUGUGGGCCGUAAUUGACGUGUACGGCAACUCCACGGCUAUCGAGUUCCUAGAUUCGCGUAUUUACAUGUUCCAGCAACAACAACACCAUCAGCAGCAACAACAGCACCAACAUCAUCACCAUCAUAACCAACAGCAAUCCUGCGGUCGUCGUUCUGCCGAUCAAGAAAUCGUACCUCAGUUGGAAUCUCUCAGUAUCAAUCAACACAACCAGCAGCUGCUGGAAGAACGUCCAGUUCCUAUGCCGUCAGUAAUCAGCUCAGCCGCCCAGCGUUACAACAGUCCGGCACCAGGACUACUACCUCUUCCGUUCCAUCCAAUCCGAGGUCGUAACAUUAAGUUCUCGCCUGACCGUACCGUAGCAACUCGUGCUGAAACGGAAUUUUGCCAAGGAUACGUAUUCACUCCCCGUCCCAUUAAGAUUGGCGAAAAGCUAAUUAUACAAAUCCUGAAGACCGACACCAUGUUUGUCGGCUCUUUGGCACUCGGGCUUACGUCGUGUGAUCCAGCCAACCUACAGCUUUCCGAUCUACCCGACGACUCUGAUUUGUUAUUAGAUCGUCCAGAAUACUGGGUCGUCAGCAAAGAUGUCGCUUCCACGCUGGUCCGUGGAGACGAAUUAUGCUUCUCGAUUUCGGCCAAUGGUGAAGUUUCUAUCAGCAAGAAUGGCGGCGCCCCAUCUGUGAUCAUGCAUAUCGAUCAAAGCCUGCAGAUGUGGGCUUUCCUGGACGUCUACGGAUCAACUCAAAGCGUUCGCCUAUUCAGCCACGCAAUUGCUACUCCCAUCGCGGCUGCUUCCUGCUCGGCUCUGUAUCCCGAAUCCCGAGCAAUGACAGCUUCGACCAGCCAACGUAGUUUACAGGUUCAAUCCACAUGCCAACAAGCUCAGCCAACGGCCACUAUUCGGCCUGAUAUGAUUCAAAUUAACCCCGGUGGAACCGUGCUGGUGGUGAAUCUGCCCCCAACAGACAUCAUCUCACCUGCCUCCUCGCAACCUUCGGUCCAACAAGCCCAAGCCACCAUCGUGUCCCGUGGUCUUCCGAGUUCUGCUUCAACGCUGUCGGUCCCGCUCUCAACUUUAUCGUUGUCCUCGCACUCCGGUUCAACUGGAACGGGUGAAAUCCUUCCGGCUUACAAUUACACUGAGCCCAUGCCCGCUUACAACAAUGCAUCCAACUAUAACACCCUUGCGGCUGCUGCCGCAGCAGUCACCAACAAUGCCCCCUCCUGCCAGCCUAGCAGUUCCUGUUCCUCAACGCCCGUGCCAACCCCGUCCAUCGGAGUGAACCCUCCGAUCUACAGUUCGACCGGGGUAGACUGUACCAUUUGCUUCGAGAAGCCGAUCGACUCGGUCCUAUACAUGUGUGGUCACAUGUGCAUGUGCUAUGAUUGUGCGAUUAAACAGUGGCGCGGCAUCGGAGGUGGACACUGUCCGCUAUGUCGUGCUGUCAUUCGGGACGUGAUUCGCACCUACAAAUCCUAAAAUCGUGCGGAAUCCGUUGCGAGUUGGUGACAUUUGCCGGCACCGUUAAUUAUCAGUCAGUCACGAUACCAAAAAAACUUACCUUUCAUUCAAUGUGAAUGACGGGAAGGAGGCAUAACAAGUAUAUAUGUGAUUUAUAAUCCAAAAACUUUACAAAAAGAUUCAAGCGGAACUCGGUAAGCGAACCAUCUGUGGACUUUCGGAAAAAAUUCUGGUCAUACUAAAACACUUAUAUUUUAUGCAAGUAAAUUAUCAAGUAGUCAAAAUUAGUGGGUGGGAAAAAGGAAGCCAAGAUGUGGUGCGAGAUGGGAAUUGUAGCCCUACAAAUGGGUUUUGUUUAGUUUCGUUUUCUGUCGAAAUCGUUGACGAAUGCAUUAUCUAGUUUGUAAGGUAUCUGUUUUUCAUAGGGAGAAAAUAAACACUAAUCAAACCAAAAAUUGAAAAUUUGCAUAGUCGUUAUUAGAACAAGCAACAAAAGUUGCAAUCAGAAGGUCAGUAGUUGGAAGAUUGCCAAAAAAGUACAUUACUUCCUAGUUUGAAACACAUAAAAUAAAUGAACAAGGUAGUAAAAUGAUGAGUGAGAAAUCGCAUAGCAAUGAGAAGUGAAAUCAAAUUAUUCUUCACUGCUUAAACCUUAUCAAAAACAGUUUCAUUUCCCAAUCUAGAUUUUCAUUAUGUAAAAUUAAACAAGGCUAUAUCUAAUCUGCAAAAUUGAUACUUUCUAGUCAAGAUAAAAAUGAAUUAUAUUGUAGCAGAGAGCGAUAACCCCAAAGGAAAACUUACUUUAAGAACCCCCUGGUGAGGAACUGAGGCUGUGCUCUGCCGGUUUUGCUACAGACCUACCAGGGCACUUAUUUAUUAUUUUGCGUCCAUUUCUAUCUACACAAUGAUAACUUAUCUCUCAAUCUUGAAUCUCCUAUCAGCAUUGUAUAACAAAUAUACAAAUUUAGAUAUAGAUACAAUAUCAAAGGACAUGACAGAGUUGACAAAAGUCAACAAAUAGGCCAGAAGUGAAGAUUGAAAGCAUGUACCAAUAGUAGGUAUCUUUCGUAUGAACAAACUUUAUUCGAUAAAACAAUAUUAUGUAUAGUAGGAUUAGGAAUGCAACGGGAGACAGAUAGUUGACACAUUCUAUUAAUUUAUUGUUAUGAACGCAUUUACAGUUAGGAAAAAACAAACAUAUUUUUAAAAAGUUAGCUGAAUAACAACAAUCAAGAUAACACGUUGUCUUGACAGUGCUAAAAUUAA